ACCUCGUCCCGCCCUGCCGCGGCUGUGCCCACCUCUCGCGGCGCUGGGAGAUGGCGGAGUUGGACGUUGGGCGACACUGCCAGUUGGAGCAGUGCCGGCAGCGAGAUUUUCUUCCAUUUGUGUGUGAUGGUUGUUCAGGAGUAUUUUGCCUUGAACACAGGAGCAGGGAGUCACAUAGCUGUCCUGAGGUGACUGUAAUUGAGAGACUGAAGUCAGAUACACAUACAUCUUACCCAUGCUCAUUCAAGGACUGUGCUGAAAGAGAGCUUGUGCCAGUUAUGUGUCCUUAUUGUGAGAAGAAUUUUUGCCUGAGACAUCGUCAUCAGUCAGAUCAUGAAUGUGAAGAACUGGAAAUCCCUAAGUCUCGUAUGGCUGCCACUCAGAAACUUGUUAAAGACAUUAUUGAUUCCAAGACAGGAGAGACAGCAAGUAAACGACGGAAAGGUGCAAAAAAUAGUGAAACAGCUGCAAAGGUAGCAUUGAUGAAAUUAAAGAUGCAUGCUAAUGGAGAUAAAUCAUUGCCACAGAUGGAAAGAAUUUACUUUCAGGUUUUCUUACCUAAGGGGAGCAAAGAGAAGAGUAAGCCAAUGUUCUUUUGCCAGCAGUGGAGCAUUGGAAGGGUCAUAGACUUUGCAGCUUCUUUAGCCAGUCUUAAAAAUGACAAUAACAAAUUAACACCUAAGAAAUUGAGGUUAUGUCACAGUACCUCAGGAGAAGCCUUACCCUUGGAUCAUAUUUUGGAAACCUGGAUUGCUAAGGAGGAUUGUCCUUUAUACAAUGGUGGAAAUAUUAUCUUGGAAUAUCUUAAUGAUGAAGAACAGUUUUUAAAAAAUGUUGAUUCUUACUUGGAAUAGUCAUUCAGGGAGUCAAGCUAGAAAUCACGAGGAAAAUUCAAUGUUAAUCAAAUUAUUUUACUACAAAUACUAUGUAUUUUUUAUUUUUAAAACUUGCUUUUUAUUUCAAUUAUGUCAUAAUUUACA